CUUCGGGUCGAAUACUCAUUCACUCUGAUGUGUGUGCGUCAAAGCGCGCUCUCCCUGCCGCGGCUCGGGACAAAACCGCACGCAGCUGCUUUCAUUUUCCAGAGCUCGAGACUGCACGAGCAGGAGGGGAGCUCGCGCUUCUUGCUGCAGGGAUAUCACCUCCGACGGACUUGAUUCAGGACAAGAACACACAUUUUUCACCAAAUAAUGACCACGUAGGUGGUAGUUACAGGUGCCGUUUUGUGGGGGAAACAAACUUGUAAAUCUUUACCAGCGCCGGUUUUUAAUGUGUUUUAUGUGUUUGCGCUCAACAGUGAGGUAGACUUAAUGCGGACAAAUUUUACAGGAGUGUCGGCGUGUGAUUUAUCCCGUGGAUGCGGCUGUCGGGGUCGGUGUCUGAGCCCUGCAGGAGCAGCCUGUCAUAGGGCAUGAUGAUUUCUCUGGUUCUUCACAAGUGGAUGAGGAAUAUUUCACCGGAGAUGCUGCUGUUGGUGCAGAUAUUGUGGUUUUUACCUCUGACUGGAGCGGCUCCUUCUCUGACUACCGAGCAGCUGGACACAGGGGUGGACUGGCUGAGUAAGUUUGGCUACCUCCCUCCCCCAGACCCAGUGACUGGUCAGCUCCAGACCAAGGAGGCCCUGACCAAGGCCAUCAAAGCCAUGCAGAAGUUUGGAGGACUGAAGGAGACCGGAGUCUUAGACCAAGCCACACUGGGCUUAAUGACAACACCCAGAUGUUCUUUGCCAGAUGUGUCUGAAUCUGAGGUGACAGUAGGACGCCGGAAACGAAGCCCAACGCCUCAGAACAAAUGGAAUAAGAGGCAUCUGUCCUGGAGAGUGAGGACGUUCCCCAAGGACUCUGCCAUACUGGGCAGGGACACAGUUAGAGCCCUGAUGUACUACGCCUUGAAGGUCUGGAGUGAUAUCGCCCCACUUAACUUCCACGAAGUGGCCGGCAGUGAUGCAGACAUUCAGAUCGACUUCACUAAGGCCGACCACAAUGAUGGAUAUCCCUUCGAUGGGCCAGGGGGCACUGUGGCACAUGCAUUUUUCCCCGGAGAGAGGUUCACAGCUGGGGAUACACACUUUGAUGACGACGAGGCCUGGACCUUCAGAUCUCCAGACUCUCACGGGAUGGAUCUGUUCGCGGUUGCAGUCCAUGAGUUCGGUCACGCCAUCGGCCUGGUCCACACCUCAGCCAUGGAGUCCAUCAUGAGACCGUACUACCAGGGUCCUGUAGGAGACCCUCUGAAAUACGACUUACCCUAUGAAGACAAGGUCCGCGUCUGGCAGCUCUACGGUGUCAGAGACUCGGUGUCCCACACCAACCGACCAGGCAACCCCUCUCAGACGGCUGAACCUCCUGUCCUGCUGGACCUUCCUGAAAACCGAUCAACUCUCAUGCUGGCGCGAGAUGCCCCAGACAGAUGCACCAGUCACUUUGAUGCAGUGGCCCAGAUACGAGGGGAGGCCUUCUUUUUCAAAGGAAAGUACUUCUGGCGACUAACAAGAGAGAAGCACCUGGUGUCUCUUCGUCCAGCUCAGAUCCACCGCUUCUGGAGGGGCCUCCCAACCAAUCUGGACAGUGUGGAUGCUGUUUAUGAGAGGCCUGGGGACCACAAAAUAGUAUUUUUCAAAGGUCUAAAGUAUUGGGUUUUUAAAGACAAUAUCGUGGAGGAGGGCUACCCUCGUCCAAUCAGUGACUUUGGCCUGCCUUUGGAAGGAGUGGAUGCAGCGUUUGUUUGGCUGCACAACGAUAAAACCUACUUCUUCAAAGACAACCACUACUGGCGCUACGAUGACCACCUGAGGCGUAUGGACCUGGGCUACCCUAAAGACAGCACGCUCUGGAAGGGGCUGCCGCCUCAACUGGACGACGCCAUGAGGUGGUCUGAUGGCUCGUCCUAUUUCUUCAAGGGGAAGGAGUACUGGCGAGUGCCGAGCAGUGACAUGGAAGUGGAGGCAGGAUACCCCCGCCUCAUCGCUAAAGACUGGCUGCUGUGCACCGAGAUGCAGUCGGACUCUCCGGACACAGAGCUCAAAAGCACGGAGACGAGAGUCAACGUGCACCAUCACCCAGACCACGCAGAGAACGGAUACGAGGUGUGUUCCUGCACCUCUGACAGCGCCUCGCCUUUAGGCGCCCGCCCCUCCCCGUCUCCCCUGUGGCUGCUGCCACCUCUCUGGACGCUCUCGCUGGCCCUCCGCUCUGAACUGCUAUGAUGCCAAAGCAUGGGACAAAGUUCUCAAGCUGAUUGGUGGAGGGCAAGUGGACACUCAGUGGAAGCAAAAACUGGAAGAUUUUCUUCUUAUUUUAUCAUUUGGUAUCCUUUUGUGCUAACUUUGCUGUUAUUUAUUUAACAUGUCAUUUGGUGGGCACUGCCAGCUAAAGUAGUCAUCCUUUUAGGCAUCAACCCACACAUGCUUUACAAAGUUUGUUACUGAAUGGUCAAACUGCCGCAUCUCUGCAAGAAAAGAUGUUAUAGGUUAUAAAAAUGUAUUCCACCAGUGAUUGUUCGUCUGCAAUGCCUCACACACAGGGACAAGGUAAAAGUAUCCAGGGAUGUAGGCAGGUGCAAAGGUGAACAGUGGCCAACACACACUGUUGCCAAUUUUCUGAAAUCACAGCAGGUGUUUUAUUACAGGUUCAAUUCACCAAAAUUAGCAUAAAAUAUAUUUAAAAAUAACAAACACACUUUCCUCUAGUGGUAUCUAACCAUGAAGAUGGUUAAAUGUUUUAUUUAAUACAUUCAACCUCUGCCCCAAUAGAGCUCCAGCAGUCGACGUCACACUAAAAGUCAAAAUCAAACCACUGUCAUAUUGGCCUGAAAGCGGGAGUAUUACACUGCUACUCUCUCUUCCUACUGUAUUUAUACAAAGUGGGCAUGUUUGAUAGCUGGGAUGCGAAAAACAAUCAGGGAAACAUAAGGGAUUCCUGAAAAACUGAAAGUCAUUCAGUUUUGAAUGGUUUUCUUGUAAUUAAAAUUUAAUGGCAUAACAUGUUUAUCAUAAAGGAAUUAUUUCAUGUAUGAGCCGGUGCCUUUUUGAAUUCAUUCAGACAGUCAUGUUAUAGUUAACUUUUCAAAUAAAAAAAUCCACACUAGCUCACACUAAAUGAUUACAAAUUAGAACACAGAUUACAUUACACUGCUCUUUGCUUGUGCUAACCUCACAAAUCCAGAUUUCAUCCAUUUAUACCUCCAAGCUUUUGUUGGCUGGCUACUCUCCAGAGUUGGCAAUGGAAAAUUCAUCAGAUCAUUUUAGAUAUCUGGAUACAGCAGAUCAGAAGUUUUGUCCAUUUUGGCUGAAAAUCACUGCAAGGAGAAUUAUUUGGGUCAGUGAUGUUUAAUCUAUAAAAAAAUGAUGUUCAAUGUGAGUUAAAGUGGCCAGUGAACUCUGACGACUUGAAAUUGACACUGGUGCCAUUAAUCUUUGCUCAUGCUUUUCCUGCCAACAUGUCUGUGUAAACAAAACAAGUCAUGUGACGUCCAGAGCUCUAUAUGGUGGAGGUGAAAGGAAUUGGUUAAAAAAUAUUUCCAUUGAAAAACUACACAGUAGUGUGCCUUUGCAGAAACGACAUCAGUGAGGAACAGGAACAUUUGAAUUUAUAAAAGUAAUUCUGUCUACUUUGCCGUGUGCACCACUAACUCUUUCCAUUCACCAUUCAGUGUGCAAACUUCUUACUGUGAGAGCCGUAAGGAUGGAUGGAUGAGUAGGUGGAUGAACUCUGUAGGCACCAGUUUUCUUCCCUCAACUGUACUCUGAAGUGAGAAACUGCUGCUCAAGUACGUAUUCCCAUGAUUCAUUAUUUUCACCUCUGGUUCGGAAGCAUUCCCUGUUCUUGGUUUAGCUGUAUCCUCUGUAUCAAACUCAGAUAAAAUGAUAUUCCAGUUUAUUUUACAUUGCUUUGAUCAGGUCAAAGAGUUCACAGAGCUGUUUUUGGACUGUUGGGCAAUUUUCUUUAUCGCCCCAAGCUCCUUCUGAAGAGUUAGCCCCUGGAUUUAUUCUUGCUGUAAAGAUAUAUUUACCUAUAGACUGAUAUAUUUGAGUUGAAAGGUUCUGCAGUUAUUGCAUAACCGAGUGGAUUGUGUAUAUUUUAAGCUGUGUUUUCUAAUGUAAAAUAUUUUUGUAGAAAAAUAAAAAAAAAAUCUGAAUGAC